CAAACCACUUGCAAAACAUAAUAUUAAACUAGGUCCGUCUGUGAAUAUAAAUUUAGAAGUAAGGAACGCAUUCUUCGCAGUUCUAUUUGUUAAUAAAUUAAUACGUACUGCUUAAACUGUGAAUCUUAUCAAAUAAUAUUUGGAAUUAUGAUAAAAUCGUCACUCCCACCGGUCGCUGAGGGUGUCCCUCACGGACGCAAGGUUUCUGAGUUUCAAAUGCCGCUACUUCCGGAUCCCGGCAAGAACGAUGAGGCUUACUCGGGGGCGCUCGAUUUUUCCAUGCGUCUGGGAUCCACGUUAGCGCGCGAGCAAAGCAGUCUGCUUUUAAAAGCAUACGACACUAAGCAGCGCCAGCGCCGACGCGACAGCCAUUCCAACUUGCAACUUCCAUCUCGGAAGUUGUCCAUCGUCAGUCCGCGGAGUCUCAAAGACGCCGACGUCACCCCGAUAGGUGGCGCUAAGGUCGGUCGCGGCAGGAAUUCCCGUCGUAGCAGCAACAACCGUCUCUCUACGAUUUCUAACACUUUCAUAACGGUGAAAGAAACGGCACGCGCUAAACUAUCCCGAGUCCUCAGGACAGUCAGGAUCAUUUCCGGCGUCUGCAUCGCUUUAAAAAUGUACGUGAAGCGCUGUGAGACGAAGACGUGGUCCUUCAUGGAGAUGUACCUGCACGUGAAGGCUGACCUAAAUCAGUGCGUGGCCUUCAACCCGCAGAGUUUCGCCAGGGUGGAGCCGGAGCGUCACAGGCUGCGGAAGCUGCUCGCAAUAAACGUACCAGACAGGACGAGGGAAGACGUCAAAGUGAUUCUGGCUUUGCUUCGAGAUAACACCUCUUUCCAAGACUACCCUUUUCACGUGCAGUUCCAACUAUCACAUUGUAUGACCUACCAGAGCUACGAGGCUCGGCGCGUUGUGCUCAAGCAGGGUCACAGACCGGAAGCGUUUUACAUCCUGCUAGCUGGUUCCGUGAUCGCGAAUAUCCAAGAUACCAGUCCAGAAACCGGGAAACAGUUUGUGAAGACUGUCAAAGAAAUGGGCCCAGGGGAUACUUUUGGAGAAGUGGCACUUAUUGAAGGCGGACUAAGAACUGCCACCAUCAUCUGCAAAACCAACGUAGAGCUUCUGGUCAUAAUGAAACACGACUUUGACAGCAUAAUUCGCGAGCCUUUAGUGAAACAAAUUGACGAACACAUUGGAUUUUGCAAGUCGAUGGCGUUGUUUAAGGACUUUCCAUGUGAUAAGCUUGCAGACAAUCCGUCACAGUUCUUCUACCAUUUCUUCAAGAAAGGUGACAUUGUCGUGAAAGACAGUAGGCAGUCGAAAUAUAUCAUCGUCGUGAAAGCAGGCAAGUGUCAGGUGGUGUGCACGUAUGCGGAGACCCAGGGAUCCAAGAUCAGGACUAGCACUCAGGUUUCGGACCUGGAACAGGCAUUCCCACAUUAUGAGGACAUGAGGAAAAUUAGAGAACUGCACCGGAAACCAAAGAGCGAGGCUGAGCGGACCAAGGAGAGCCUAUGUCUUGGGCUCCUCACAGGGCAGAUCGACCCCGGUCGCCUGGCGGACCAUGGACCGGAUGUGCAGAGACCCAAGUCAUGUUUUGCACCUAGUGAUCUUGAGAAAAUAAAACCACCGCCGCUUAAGAAAAGCAAGACACUGGGCAACUUUUUUGAAGACGUGUCUAAGAAGAGACGCGAUUCACUGCAAACCAAAGACGAUCUGAUAGAAGAUUUCAAAGGCAACUUCUGGUCCAAGAGGUUGCAGUUCAGAAUGAAGAAACCGGGAACAGGAGGUCGCCCCGUGACGUCAGCUCGCAGCGUCAGCAGCAGACGUCAGUCUUCUAAUCCUUUCUACGCCCCAGAGAAACACGUGUACGCACAGAUCGCUACUCUCGGGACUGGAACCGUUUUCGGUCUGGAGUCGCUGGUCCAGAGGCCGAGCUGUCACACGAGCCUGGUUAGCGAGGGGGCGGAGUGCAUCUUCAUCUCCAAACGCAUCUUCCUCUCCCUGGCCAAUAUCAAGGUGCUCAGGAUAGUCACCGAUAUGAUCCAGACGUACCCGUCUCAGGAGUACAUACAGGAGCAAGUGAAGAGUUACCGGACCUGGCAGAAAUACAAACGUGGUUUAGUGCAGGGAGUCCUGGACAGAAUGAGAUAGUUAACCCAUUUAUGCCCAGUGGACUCUCCCAUCCUUCUUAAUUGGAUCAAUUUAUUUCCAAAAUUAGGGGUGUCAAGUAUAUGUAUUUCUAUAUUUAGAAUAUUCCAUAAAGAAAUUCAUUUAAGCAAACAGCGAAGACCCAGAUGAGACGCCGCAUUAUGCAAUGUCCUUUUUUCAGGACGCUAGGCAUUAAUGGGUUAAACUUGUACACGAAAAAGUGAUUGUGUAAACACGCUUACAAUGAAUGCUUACCUAAAGCGCGACCAAGAUACAUAGCAUUAAAUAUAAGCAUGUGAAAGAACUAUGUUUGCAACGGAAAAUACUAUCGUAUCUUCAAGUGUAUAAUUAUUGACACAUUUAAACAAACAUUAUUUGGAAAAAGAUAUGAAUAGAAGUUCUAUUUUAUGUAUGUAUAGAAUGUUUAAAUAUUCUCCUUAUUGUCAAGACAACUUGGAUUUAGCUUACGUUUGUACUUUGUAUGAUUUAGACGCAUCUAACAGUAUGUGCUAUGUUUAAAGGUGUCUAUCGCAACCGUUGUUUAUUUUUGGUGUUUUUACUUCAUAUACACUUAAAUUUGUUAAUGCAGCAUCAGCAUACUAAAACAAUAUCCCGGAAAGAAAAAAUAAUGCAUUUGAAUAUCAA